AAACGGCUCGGUCGCAGAAAGCCCGUUUGAGCUCGAAUUAUAGUAAGUUUGGCCGUCUUAUAUGAGAAGACAUCAGAACGCGGAGGAGAAGCGAAGGCAAAGGCUGCUGUCUAAGUACUCGAGAGAGAAUAGUGAAUAGGCAGCGGUGAUCUAGGGGGUCGGAGGAUGGCGGGCGUGGAUUGGGAAUCGCUGACGGAGGCGACGUCGGGGGCGGUGGGGGCGCUGGCGAGCAACAUCGUGCUGUACCCCCUCGACACCUGCAAGACCAAAUACCAGGCCGAAGUCCGAUCUCACGGUCGGCAGAAAUACAGGAACCUUUCAGAUGUCUUGUGGGAAGCAAUUUCUACGCACCAAGUUCUUUCCCUGUACCAAGGACUUGGGACCAAGAAUUUGCAAUCUUUCAUAUCACAGUUUGUUUAUUUUUAUGGCUAUAACUAUUUCAAGCGGUUGUAUUUGGAAAGAAGUGGAGCCAAAUCUGUUGGAAUGAAAGCCAACUUGGCUGUAGCUGCUGCUGCUGGUGCUUGCACUGCCAUCGUGACACAGCCAUUGGAUACAGCAUCUUCCAGAAUGCAAACGAGUUCUUUUGGUAAAUCCAAGGGAUUAUUUGAAACUUUUUCAGAGGGUUCAUGGAGUGAUGCAUUUGAUGGUCUGGGAGUAUCUCUUCUAUUAACCUCAAAUCCUGCUAUUCAGUACACAGUUUUUGAUCAGCUGAAACAAAGACUUUUAAAGAGGCGACAAAGCACUCAGGUUUCCCCAGCUACUGCAAAAUCUUCUCCAGAAGCUCUUUCAGCCUUCUCAGCUUUUGUAUUAGGUGCCCUUUCAAAGAGUGUGGCAACAAUCCUAACUUAUCCAGCAAUCAGGUGUAAAGUCAUGAUUCAGGCUUCUAGUUCACAUGAUGGCUCCGAAAAGGAUGGGUCAUCCAAACCACCCAAGACAAUUAUAGAUGCUUUACAUGCUAUAUGGAGAAAAGAAGGCAUUUCUGGUUUCUAUAAGGGGUUGCAGGCUCAGAUUUUGAAGACUGUCCUGAGCUCUGCAUUGCUGCUGAUGAUUAAGGAGAAAAUUUCUAGGUAUACUUGGAUCUCAAUGCUUGCUCUUCGAAGAUAUCUGUUGGUUUCUCAGAGGAGGAUAAAGAGCACAUAGAUAUCCAUACUUAUAUCUAUCUUAGAAAUAACAUGGCUGAUUAAUUUCCGAUAUGCAAAAUUUUUGUUGGUCAAAGGAAUAGGUGUCAGAAGUGAGGCAGCCAACUGUUGUUGAAAUUUUCUCCAGAAAAAAAGACGUAAAAAAUUUAGUUCAGAUAUUUGCUCUACUUUUAUUUGCUUGCUUCUAUUACUCGAACAAUGGCCUCUCAGGGAGGAUGUCACAUGAAUAAUCUGCAGGAAAAUUGUUGGAUGUAAUGAGAUAUUGAGUUGGGGCAUCAUAAGUGCUGAUACUGUUUCUUGCUUUGGAAUGCCAUGGCUCUUCUGGGUUUAA